AUGGCGAAUUUGGUUCGACCUCCUGUCGACGCUCCAGCUCCUUCUAGAUCACAGGUUGAUCAGUAUGAUAAUCCGUAUUAUCUGAAUAACAAUGAUCACGCAGGGUUGAAUCUUGUUUCAGAUAGGCUUAAGACAGCUUCUGAUUUUCAUUCUUGGAAGCGUUCUGUUAUGAUGGCUUUGAAUGUUCGUAAUAAGAUUGGUUUUAUCAAUGGAACGAUUCUAAAACCUGCUGAGGAUCAUCGCGAUUAUGGAGCUUGGUCUCGUUGCAAUGAUAUUGUAUCUACUUGGUUAAUGAACUCAGUUUCUAAGAAGAUAGGACAGAGUUUGCUUUUCAUACCUACUGCUGAGGGCAUAUGGAAGAAUAUAUUAGCUCGUUUUCAGCAGGAAGAUGCUCCUAGGGUAUUUGCUAUAGAGCAGAAGUUGAGUAAGAUUGAGCAGGGAUCAAUGGAUAUUUCGACUUAUUACACAGAGUUGCAGACUUUAUGGGAAGAAUAUAAAAUUUUUGUAGAAGUUCCUGUCUGCACUUGUGGUCGAUGUGAAUGUGAUGCUGCAGUGAAAUGGGAAAAACUCCAGCAUAGGAGUCGUGUCACAAAAUUCCUUAUGGGUCUUAAUGAGAGUUAUGAUCAGACACGCAGACAUAUUUUGAUGUUGAAACCUAUCCCUUCUAUGGAAGAGGCUUUCAAUAUUCUUACUCAAGAUGAGAGACAGAAGAUUAUUAAACCUACUACAAGGAUUGAGAAUGCAGCUUUUCAAGCUUCUGCACCUGUAGAUGGUGAUAUGGAAACUGCUUAUAUUGCAGCUUAUAAUACAGCUCGUGGAGCACAGAAACCGAUUUGUACUCACUGUGGGAAGGUGGGACAUACGGUUCAGAAAUGUUACAAACUCAUUGGUUUUCCUCCUGGUUACAAGAAUGUUGCUUCUGGUUAUAAUGUCAAGCCUCCGGUUGUUCAAAAUCCUAUUCCGAGCAAAUGCUGUUGCUCAAGUUUACUCAGAGGUGCCUACAAUGGUUAA